AUGGAUACUGUUCAUCUAAUCUCAUCCUCCCUCUUCAUCCAAUCCAAAGGAAGAAGAUAUACAUAUAACUCCAUAUCCUCCGUCAAGAGUCUCCAAAAACGCACCGUUUUGUCUGUCUCGUCUGUUCUCACCUCACAAGGCGGAGACAUGAUUCUACCAGAGGGAACAUGCAAUGAUCUCAACUUCACCUUUGACUUCAAGUCAUAUAUGAUACGUAAAGCCGAAUCUGUAAACGCAGCUCUAGACGUUUCUGUACCGCUUCUGAAACCCCUCACGAUCCAAGAGGCUGUGCGGUACUCAUUGCUAAGGGGUGGAAAACGUGUGAGGCCUCUGCUCUGCAUUGCUGCCAGUGCGGUGCCAACCCUCUCAGGGGCCGAGGAAAAUACGAUGACUUAA